CUUAAAUUAUUUUCUUCGGGCGAUACUUUUUUUGGUGAUGAUCCGGUAGUUGAAAAAUUCCGGAACCGAUGUAAUUCGGACUUACAAGUCAAUUAGACGGUACUAAUAAACAAUGUCGGCCAUUCAGACCGGUAGAGGGAAAAGAAGACGGAAGUUUGAGGAUGAAGCCGAAUCUGACGAAGAGAUUGAGUUGGCACCUUUGGGCAUAGAACCAGUCAAUAGUCAAACCUCGACUCAAGACGAAACUAACCCGAACCAUCAACCUGAAGUAAUACCGAAGACUAAACAAGAAAAUAUUAGUAAUAAAUAUAUAGAUCAAGAAGAUAUAUCGACUAAUAGUAAGAAGCGAAAGUAUGAACUUCUUCAUCGUAAUAAUUAUAGAAAUGAGAGACGUGAAAUUGAAUCUGAUGCUAAAGGUAGAACCAAAUCCACUAAUAAUAAUCAAUGGGAAUUAGAACAAUUUAAUAAAGCCAAACAAAUAGGAGUAUUACCUACAAAUCUUGAUAAGGUUAAUUUGCCUGAUAGUGACAAGUAUGAGUAUGUAUUUGAUGAUUCACAAUUUGUUAAUUACAAUGAUAAUGAAGAUGAUAUUUUAAAAGGUGAUGAUGAACCUGUACCUCCUCCUCCUCCUCCUCCUCCUCCUCCUACAGUUAAAGAUAUUAAAAUAAGUUCAAUGGAUCAAGUAAGGAAAUCCCUACCGGUAUAUAAGUAUAGAGAAGAAUUUCUUGAUGCCAUAUCGAAAAAUCAAGUACUUAUAGUUGUUGGAGAAACUGGGAGUGGGAAGACUACACAAUUACCUCAAUAUUUACAUGAAGCUGGUUAUUCAACAAGUAAAGAUGGUCUAAAUCGAAAAUUAAUUAUUGGGUGUACACAACCAAGACGAGUAGCUGCUACAUCUGUUGCUAAUAGAGUUGCUUCUGAAAUGGAUGUUAAAUUAGGUCAUGAAGUUGGGUAUACAAUUAGAUUUGAUGAUAAUUCUGGUGAUGAUACUGUUAUAAAGUAUUUAACAGAUGGUAUGUUAUUACGAGAGUUUCUUAAUGAUCCAACCCUUUCUAAAUAUGGAGCUCUCAUGAUCGAUGAAGCUCAUGAAAGAACAUUAUCAACAGAAAUAUUAUUAAGCUUAUUGAAAGAUAUUAUCAAAACUCGAUCUGAUCUAAAAUUAAUUAUUGCUUCAGCAACAAUCAAUGCUGAAAAGUUUUCGAAAUAUUUCAAUGGAGCUUCUAUCUUAAAUAUACCAGGAAGAAGAUUCCCAGUUACUAUACAUUAUACAUCUAAUCCAGAAGCUAAUUAUAUACAAGCUGCUAUAACGACUAUAUUUCAAAUUCAUUUAACCCAACCAUUACCAGGAGAUAUUCUUGUAUUUCUAACCGGUCAAGAAGAGAUUGAAUCAAUGGAAGAAAGUUUACAAGAAUCCAUUAUGAAAUUAGGUACUUCAUUACCCAAUCAAUUACAGAUUUGUUCAAUUUAUGCAAAUUUACCUCCUGAUAUGCAACAGAAAAUCUUUGAACCCACUCCCCCAAAUUCUCGGAAAGUUAUCUUAGCUACUAAUAUUGCAGAAACUUCUAUUACUAUUGAUGGUAUUAGUUAUGUUAUUGAUCCUGGUUAUGUUAAACAGAAUGUUUAUAAUCCAGUUCAAGCUAUGGAAAGUUUAGUAGUGGUUCCAUGUUCAAGAGCAUCAGUAGAUCAAAGAGCAGGUAGAGCAGGUAGAGUUGGUCCAGGAAAAUGUUUCCGAUUAUUUACUAAAUGGUCAUAUUAUAAUGAACUUGAAUUAAAUGCAACUCCAGAAAUUCUUAGGGUUAACUUAUCAUCAAUAAUUUUACUUUUAUUAUCCCUUGGAGUUAAUGAUCUUAUUCAUUUUGAUUUUAUGGAUCCACCAUCUCAUCAAAGUAUAAUAAAAUCACUUGAAUUAUUAUAUUCAUUGGGUGCACUUAACUCUAAGGGUCAAUUAACUAAAUUAGGGAGACAAAUGAAUGAAUUUCCUAUAGAUCCUAUGCUUUCUAAAUGUGUUUUAACCAGUAAAAAAUAUGAAUGUACUAAUGAAGUUAUUACUAUAAUUUCUAUGCUUGGUGAAUCAUCAACACUAUUUUAUAGACCUAAAGAUAAACAAGAUCAAGCCAAUAGAAGACAUGAAAAAUUCUAUCAUGAACUAGGUGAUCAUUUCACAUUACUCAACAUAUGGAAUGAAUGGGUCGAUACAGACUUUUCAUCUCAAUGGUGUCAAGAUAAUUAUGUCCAAUAUAAAACACUCCGAAGAGUUAAAAAUGUUAAAGAUCAACUUACAAAAUUAUGUAAAAGAUCGGGAAUAAACUUAAACAAGAAAUCUGAUAGUUUCAAUCCCCUCUAUAUCCAGAAAUCAAUUAUAGCUGGAUAUUUUCCAAACGUUGUAAAACUUUCAAUGAUGGGUGAUUCUUAUCGAAAAUUAAAGUCAACUGAUGGUCAACCAUGUCAUAUUCAUCCAUCAUCUUCAAUUCAUAGUUUGAAACCUCCUCCAAAAUUAUUACUAUAUCAUGAAUUAGUUCUUACUAGUAAAGAAUACAUGAGAAAUUGUUUAUUAGUUGAUGAAAAGCUAGUUAAAGAAUUUUCUUCACAUUACUAUUCAUUAAAAGAUUUAAAUCAAAUAUCAAAGACUAACAAAUAAGGUAAAAUAUAUACUCGAUUUUGCAACUGAUAUU